UUGGUCUGGUCAGGUCAGUGGUCUGGCUGGUCAGUGGAAGUUUAUUGAACAGAAAGUGAACCUGUUGGCGAGAGUUUACAUUUUGAGAUAGUUUACACUUUAAUGAAUUAAAACACAUUUAGAACAAUGUCGUGGUUAUUUGGUUAUAGUACGACGCCACCGCAGCCUCCUUCAGAUGAUCCGCCUCAAGGAAAUGAGAGUGCUGCAGCUGCCGCACCCUCGUCUAACCUUACCAAAGCUGAAAAGAAAGCCAUGGAGGCUUAUCGGUUUGACUCAAGUGCCUUGGAGCGAGCGGCCCAAGCAGCCAGGGAACUUGAAAGAUCCAGACAUGCUAAAGAAGCAUUGGAACUCAGUAAGCUACAGGAAAGCACAAAGCAGCAUGAACAAAUGGCGAAAAUUAAGGAAUAUGAAGCUGCAAUAGAGCAAUCUAAAGUGGAGCAGAAAAAAGUAGAUUAUGAGGAGAGGCGUAAAACAUUACAGGAGGAAACAAAACAACAUCAAAUGCGUGCUCAAUACCAAGACCAAUUGGCUAAGAAGAGGUAUGAAGAGCAGAUAGUACAACAGCAGCGGAGUCAAGAAGAAAUAUUGAAAAAGCAAGAAGAAAGUGUAGCGAAGCAAGAAGCUUUGAGGAGAGCAACCAUUGAGCAUGAAAUGGAACUUCGAGAGAAGAACAAGUUGAAGACAAUAGAAGCAGAAGCCAGAGCGAGGGCCAAAGCCGAGCGGGAGAACCGUGAUAUUACACUUGAACAGAUAAAAUUGAAAGCAGCUGAAAACAGGACAACUAUAUUAGAGAGUAUAAAGACUGCUGGUAACAUUAUUGGUACUGGCUUGAAUGCCCUUGUAACCGACUGGGACAAGACAUUGGCAGCGGCUGGUGGUCUGUCCCUAUUAGCUCUGGGGGUGUAUACAGCUAAAGGUGCAACAUCAGUUACUGCAAGGUUCAUAGAAGCCAGAAUCGGAAAACCCAACUUAGUCAAUGAAACAUCAAGAUUCUCUUUGUUAGAAGCAGUGAAACAUCCUAUAUUGACAGUAUCAAGAGCUAUCACAAGUUUCAAGAAGCCAUCUGAUGCACUGUUAGGUGUGGUCCUCGCACCCACCUUAGAGAGAAGGCUUCGGGAUAUUGCCAUUGCAACAAAAAACACUCGCCUUAAUAAAGGAUUUUACCGCAAUCUACUCAUGUAUGGGCCACCUGGUACUGGUAAAACAUUAUUUUCAAAGAAACUUGCUAAACAUUCUGGAAUGGACUAUGCUAUUUUGACUGGAGGUGAUGUCGCACCAAUGGGAAAAGAUGCUGUGGCGGCCAUCCACAAAGUAUUUGACUGGGCUAAUACAAGCAGAAAAGGUGUCCUUUUGUUUAUCGACGAAGCAGACGCAUUUCUAAGGAAGCGUUCCUCUGAGCGUAUAAGUGAAGAUUUAAGAGCAGCUCUGAAUGCCUUCCUUUACCGCACCUCGGACCAGAGUAACCGCAUCAUGCUGGUGUUGGCUUCCAAUACGCCGCAGCAGUUCGACUCUGCCAUCAACGAUCGUCUUGACAAAAUGAUCGAGUUCGGUCUUCCCGGAGUAGAAGAACGAGAGCGUCUCAUUCGACUGUAUUUCGACAAAUUCGUGUUGCAACCGGCUUCUGAAGGAAAAAGGCGUUUGAGCGUGGACCAGUUUGACUACGGAGCGCUGUGCACGAAGUUGGCGGAACGCACGGCGGGAAUGUCGGGGCGCGCGCUGUCCAAGCUGGGCGUGGCAUGGCAAGCCGCCGCCUACGCCUCAGACGACGGUCGCCUUACUGAGCAGAUGUGCAUCGACAUCUGCGACGACGCAGUCAAGGACCAUCGCCAGAAGAUGGAGUGGUUAUCUACUGAAGAAAAGUCUCGCAGUAUGAUGCCGUAUUUACUAGAUUUACCACCUUUAGACAAACUGGAACAGAACAAAACAAAGGCUACCAUAACAGAGUUGUCCAGCUCUGAAGAUGAGAAAAUUAUAAAACCCAAAUCCAAGAAAAAGGUGGCAGCCAAGGAGAUUGAGACUGAGAAGUGACACUAUGCUGCGGAGAGCAAUGAACCAAAGCCACAAGCAAGCACAACUCCCAGCAAUAACAUACAAAUUACCAACUGUGAUACAAUUAACAUAAACUUUAUGGAUGAUCUUAAAGUGACUAAAUUUGUAAAGUUCAUUGUAAUAAGUGACCAUGAUAUGAAAACAAUAAGACAGUUGUCUGAAAGGAUUAAACGUAAAAAUUGAUCUUGAAAUUGUGUGGUGGGUUUAAUUUAAUGUGAAUAAAUUAGGUCUGUUUGUUGCAAUAUGCUAUGGUAGCGUUCUAUUAGCGUACAGUACGGCCAUUCUCUGCCUCCCGUCGAAUUCCGAGUCGAAAGUCCGCUGCGAAAUUAGCGCAAGCCACUUUAUAUGUUCCCUUGCAUUAAUGCCGUCAAAUUUCCCGUCUUAUCUCACUUAAAGCAUGGUAGGUAUCUGUAUGAACUAUGUACCAUUACUAUAUCGGGAGUGUCUGACCUAUGGUGGCGUCUAAAUAUCUUCAUUAAUUCCUGCAUUUCAUUAUAAUUUCUUGAUAGUUUAAGAACAUUUAAAUAACUUGAUUUCAAUCAAUAUUCUCUACUGUUAAAUGUUGCCUGAAAGUACAACAAAUACAACUUUUAUGUAUAUUCUUAUACUACAUUAAAAUAAUUGUGCUUUAAUAGUAUAAGUACUGUAUAAUUGUCAUUUAAUAAUAAAUUUAGGAAUGCCAUUGUAAAUGUGUUUGAAAAGUAAACUUUCAAAUGGGAGGUAUAUAAUAAGUAUGUAUGGUAUAGUUGGGGAAUAUUGUUAUGUGUAGCUUGGCAAGGAAACAGAAUGAAUGUAGUCAUAGAUCUUUAUUGACCGAGGAAUGCCGAUUGUAACACAGAAAAACAGUACAGCAUAGUUCUCCUUUGUUGAACAAAUAUAAGUAGUUAAACAUUGUUGAAAUCGUCAAAAUACUUAGGUAUCCUGUUAUUGACCGUUAUUGAUUUGUUAAUUCUUUUACAAGUAGUUGUGAAUAGAAGUUAUUAAAAUUAA